ACAAUAGAAGAAGAGCAGGAGUAGAAGAAGAGGAAAAGGAGGACUGAGUUGGAGCAGAGGAAGAACAGCAGAAGAAGAGCAGAGUUAUUGAUUAUCUUAUCGAUCCGAGAGAUGUACUACUAUCGCUAUGACAACCCUGAGGUCAGCUGCUGCUACAAGUACUUGAUGUUCAGCUACAACAUCAUCUUCUGGCUUGCCGGAGCCGCCUUCAUUGCCAUCGGGUUUUGGGCGUGGAGCGAGAAGGGGGUUCUGUUGGACCUGACCCGGGUGACCCAGCUGCACGGCUUUGACCCGGUCUGGCUGGUUCUGGUAGUAGGCGGAGUCACCUUCAUCCUGGGCUUCGCCGGCUGCGUGGGAGCGCUGCGGGAGAACAUCUGCCUGCUCAAGUUUUUCUCCGGGGUGAUCGGGUUCAUCUUCUUCCUGGAGCUGACCGUGGCGGUUCUGGCCGUGGUUUUCCAGAGCCAGGUCCGAGAGUGGUUCAACAACUUCUUCCUGCAGAACAUCAAGGCGUACCGGGACGACAUUGACCUGCAGAACCUCAUCGACUCUCUGCAGAAGAUGAACCACUGCUGCGGGGCCCAGGAACCCAAUGACUGGAACCUGAAUGUCUACUUCAGCUGCAAUGGGUCCCAUCAGAGCCGGGAGAAGUGCGGCGUCCCGUUCUCCUGCUGCAUCCCCGACCCCGCCGACUCGGUGCUGAACACCCAAUGUGGCUACGAUGUGAGGAACCAGCAGGAGAAGGAAUGGAGUGAAAAGAUCUUCAUCCAAGGGUGCAUCCCGGCGCUGGAGGAAUGGCUGCCACGCAACCUGUACACCGUGGCUUUCAUCUUCAUCGUAAUCUCUCUGCUGCAGAUGGUGGGGAUCUACCUGGCCCGAACGUUGAUCGCCGACAUUGAAAAGGUCAGAUUCAGCCAUUGAGGGCUUGGCCUGCGGGGGCGGAGCCUCUGCCUGCGGGGGCGGAGCCUCGGC